GUGCGGGAGCUGCAGACGCGUCUCCAGAGCUCCCAGCCUGCAGGCCCGUCCAGCCCUGGGCGUCUCACCCCCGCCUCCCGCCCCAUCAAUCCCAGCACUGGGGAACUCAGCACCAGCAGCAGCAGUAACGAUAUACCUGUGGCCAGGGUAGAAUGCACACACACACAAACACACACACACACUAUGUUAUGCAUAGUAAGGUACAAAACACAUGCAUAUUAUGAAUGCCGAAGUACUGGAAUAAUGGAGUAAUGGAAUUGGAGAAAUGGAAUGUCGUACAUUCAUAUGAGGCACACACACACACACACACACACACACACACACACACACACACACACUCUCUCUGUAGGGAUAUUCUGAACUCUCCUCUGGAAUUUUCUCCAUCUCUCUUUUCUCUCUUAUUGUACUGUGUACUAUCACUUGAAUGACACAAACACACUCAUGCAUGCACACACACUAAUCUGUGUCCUAGCCUUGGGCUAAUCCAGCCGGAGAGGGACAGUUGUAAUCAAAAGGGUCAGUGAGAUCAACCAUUUGCUCUUCCACUUUCCUGUGUGUGUAUGUGUGUCCUUGACAUUGACCCUCAGAGGGAAUACAAUACAUUAGAGUUUGAUUCCAUAGAGAUCCAGGACAAUACCUAUAUUUAUUUGUAUUUAUUUAUUUUAGGGGUCCAAGCACUUUUUGUCAGUAAUUCCCAGGAAUGUAUUGAGUGUGUUGUCUUGUUGCUAGGUGGCAGAGCGGGUGAAGCUGUCUAAAACCAGGUCAGAGUCUUCCUCUACCGAAAGGCCUGUUCUGGGAUCAGAGAUCAGCAGCAUCGGGGUAAGGAGAUACUGGAUGCCUAUUCAAUACUGAAGGCUUUGAAAGGGAGAGGGAGAGGGGGAAGAUGCAAAGGGAUUUAAAGAAAGGAAGAAAGGAAAGUAAGAAAGAGAGAGCGGGAGAGAGAGUGGUGGACAGAAAUAGUAUGAGAGAGCGACAGUAGGUAGGGGCACAUUUCCCUGUAGCAGCUGGCUGAUGAUAACAGCAGCAUCAGCAGAUGUGUCAGAGAUGGGUAUCUCCAGUGGGGUGUGACAGACCUGGUGUCACUCAUACCCCACUGCUCCCUUCCCCUGGCACCCACACAGCCUUGUUGACACUAAAGGUGACCUGCCAACAUCCCCUCGAACAGUUAUCAGGUGACCUGCCCUCUUUUCUCUAGUGCCUCCCUCCCUCCCUCCCUCUCUUUUUCUCUCUCCCUCGUAACAUGAUUCCAGGGCUUGUCUUUUCCCUGAAAGCUCCGGCCACCAAAAUUCUCCUCUCAAUCUUUAGCCGGAACCCAUCUGGUCCAAAAUAGACUAAAAAGAGAGGGAGAGGGAAGAGAGAGAAAGAGAGGCAAACUGUUAGUAUUCCUCUGGGACUAGGCUGCGACGGAUUAUGUAAAGUUCAAUAGAAAACCUGUCUCUCUCUGUAUACAAUCUCUCAAAAAAGAGAUUUGAUCUCAAGGAGACUAACCUGUAUAAGUAAAGAUUAUAAACACUAUCUGGCAUAGUGAUAUAAUGGCGCCGGAGAAGAUGGCUGCCGUUUUACAGCCCUCUAACCAAUUGUACUAUUAUGUGUGUUUUUCCGCGUUAUUUGUAAUUUAUUUUAUACAUAAUGUUUCUGCCAUCGUCUCUUAUAACCAAAAAGAGCUUCUGGAUAUCAGGACAGCGAUUACUCACCUCAUAUUGGACGAAGAUUUUUUCUUCAACGAGGCGGCCGCGAAGGAUAUCCUACAUAUAUACUGCCGCUCCCAUCAAUCCUAUUAGCCAAUCUUCAAUCAUUUGAGAAUGAAUUGGAUGACCUAAGAUUACGGUUAUCCUACCAACGGGACAUUAAAAACUGUAAUAUCUUAUGUUUCACCGAGUCGUGGCUGAACGACGACAUGGACAACAUACAGCUAGCGGGCUAUACGCUACAUCGGCAGGAUAGAACGGCUAACUCCGGUAAGACAAGGGGUGGCGGUCUGUGUAUAUUUGUAAACAACAGCUGGUGCACAAAAUCAAAUACUAAGGAAGUCUCGAGGUUUUGCUCGCCUGAGGUAGAGUAUCUUAUGAUAAGCUGUAGACCACACUAUUUACCAAGAGAGUUUUCAUCUAUAUUUUUCAUAGCUGUCUAUUUACCACCACAAACCAAUGCUGGCAUUAAGAUUGCACUGAAUGAGCUGUAUAAGGCCAUAAGUCAACAGGAAAAUGCUCAUCCAGAGGCAGCGCUCCUAGUGGCCGGGGACUUUAAUGCAGGGAAUCUUAAAUCCGUUCUACCUAAUUUCUACCAGCAUGUUAAAUGUGCAACCAGAGGAAAAAAAAUACUCUAGACCACCUUUACUCCACACACAGAGACGCAUACAAAGCUCUCCCUCGCCCUCCAUUUGGCAAAUCUGACCAAAUUCCUGCUUAUAAGCAAAAACUAAAGCAGGAAGCACCAGUGACUCGGUUAAUAAAAAAGUGGUCAGAUGACGCAGAUGCUAAGCUACAGGACUGUUUUGCUAGCACAGACUGGAACAUGUUCCGGGAUUCUUCAGAUAGCAUUGAGGAGUACACCACAUCAGUCACUGGCUUCAUCAAUAAGUGCAUCGAUGAUGUUGUCCCCAGAGUGACCGUACAUACAUACCCCAACCAGAAGCCAUGGAUUACAGGAAACAUCCGCACUGAGCUAAAGGGUAGAGCUGCCGCUUUCAAGGAGCGGGACUCUAACCCGGACGCUUAUAAGAAAUCCCGCUAUGCCCUCCGAACAAUCAAACAGGCAAAGAGUCAAUACAGGACUAAGAUUGAAUCGUACUACACCGGCUCUGACGCUCGUCGGAUGUGGCAGGGCUUGAAAACUAUUACAGACUACAAAGGGAAGCACAGCCGCGAGCUGCCCAGUGAUACAAGACUUCCAGACGAGCUAAACCACUUCUAUGCUCGAUUCGAGGCAAGCAACACUGAAGCAUGCAUGAGAGCACCAGCUGUUCCGGAUGACUAUGUGAUCACGCUCUCCGUAGCCGAUGUGAGUAAGACUUUUAAGCAGGUCAACAUUCACAAGGCCGUAGGGCCAGAUGGAUUACCAGGACGUGUACUCCGAGCAUGUGCUGACCAACUGGCAAGUGUCUUCACUGACAUUUUCAACAUGUCCCUGACUGAGUCUGUAAUACCAACAUGUUUCAAGCAGACCACCAUAGUCCCCGUGCCCAAGGACUCUAAGAUAACCUGCCUAAAUGACUACCGACCCGUAGCACUGACGUCUGUAGCCAUGAAGUGCUUUGAAAGGCUGGUCAUGGCUCACAUCAACACCAUUAUCCCAGAAACCCUAGACCCACUCCAAUUUGCAUACCGCCCCAACAGAUCCACAGAUGAUGCAAUCUCUAUUGCACUCCACACUGCCCUUUCCCACCUGGACAAGAGGAACACCUACGUGAGAAUGCUAUUCAUUGACUACAGCUCAGCAUUCAACACCAUAGUGCCCUCAAAGCUCAUCACUAAACUAAGGAUCCUGGGACUAAACACCUCCCUCUGCAACUGGAUCCUGGACUUCCUGACGGGCCGCCCCCAGGUGGUAAGGGUAGGUAACAACACAUCUGCCACACUGAUCCUCAACACGGGGGCCCCUCAGGGGUGCGUGCUCAGUCCCCUCCUGUACUCCCUGUUCACCCAUGACUGCAUGGCCAGGCACGACUCCAACACCAUCAUUAAGUUUGCUGACGACACAACAGUGGUAGGCCUGAUCACCGACAACGAUGAUACAGCCUAUAGGGAGGAGGUCAGAGACCUGGCCGUGUGGUGCCAGGAUAACAACCUCUCCCUCAACGUGACCAAGACAAAGGAGAUGAUUGUGGACUACAGGAAAAAAAAGAGGACUGAGCACGCCCCCAUUCUCGUCGACGGGGCUGUAGUGGAACAGGUUGAGAGCUUCAAGUUCCUUGGUGUCCACAUCACCAACGAACUAUCAUGGUCCAAACACACCAAGACAGUCGUGAAGAGGGCACGACAAAGCCUAUUCCCCCUCAGGAGACUGAAAAGAUUGCAGGGUCCUCAGAUCCUCAAAAAAUUCUACAGCUGCACCAUCGAGAGCAUCCUGACUGGUUGCAUCACCGCCUGGUAUGGCAACUGCUUGGCCUCCGACGCAAGGCACUACAGAGUGUAGUGCGUACGGCCCAGUACAUCACUGGGGCCAAGCUUCCUGCCAUCCAGGACCUCUAUACCAGGCGGUGUCAGAGGAAGGCCCUCAAAAUUGUCAAAGACUCCAGCCACCCUAGUCAUAGACUGUUCUCUCUGCUACCGCAUGACAAGCGGUACCGGAGUGCCAAGUCUAGGUCCAAAAGACUUCUCAACAGCUUCUACCCCCAAGCCAUAAGACUCCUGAACAGCUAAUCAUGGCUACCCAGACUAUUUGCACUGCCACCCCACCCCAUCUUUUUACGCUGCUGCUACUCUGUUAAUUAUUUAUGCAUAGUCACUUUAACUCUACCCACAUGUACAUAUUACUUCAACUACCUCAACUAGCCGGUGCCCCCACACAUUGACUCUGCACCGGUACCCCCCUGUAUAUAUAGCCUCCCUACUGUUAUUUUAUUUUACUUCUGCUCUUUUUUUCUCAACACUUUUUUGUGGUUUUAUUCUACUUUUUUAUUAAAAAUAAAUGCACUGUUGAUUAAGGGCUGUAAGUAAGCAUUUCACUGUAAUGUCUGCACCUGUUGUAUUCGGCGCAUGUGGCCAAUAAAAUUUGAUUUGAUUUGUAUACACUGUGGAUUAAGAGAGUAGAGGAUCACAAAGAAAUGCCCUCAGUCAGUCUCACUCACUGAAUUCCUAUUGUGUCGUUUUUACAUUGUGAUUUUUGGCUGCACCUUGACUCACACUGGUUGAAGCGCUGUCUACUCCCUCCUCGCCUUGUUUUUACCCCCCAUUUAUUCUUAACACAAAAGUAGUGCACUUUAUAUGGUAUAAGAUACCAUUUGGGACUGGGAGGCAACCUUAGGUCAAUGUAAAUGUCUGUCUUACCCCCAUGUAACCCUGUUCCUCCUACUCCCAGGUGUCCAGUAACGUGGCGGAACACCUGGCCCACUCCCUUCAGGACUGCUCCAACAUCCAGGAGAUCUUCCAGACCCUCUACUCCCAUGGAUCAGCCAUCUCUGAGAACAAGAUCAGGGAGUUUGAAGUGGAGACAGAGAGACUAAACAGGUGAUACUCAAACCAUGCUGUCAUUGUCCUUAUUAUGUCAUUAUCAUUUUUUUAUCCAUUUGUCGGUCCAUCCAUGCCUAAGUAAUACUGAUCCAUGUUAAAGUGGAAUUGACAGCAUUUUAGCAACAUGGAAACUUAUUAAAAUCUGUUCAUAUAUACCCCCAGGAAGAAUAAAACAGCUUCUUUUACAUUUUCUGACAAGCGAGCACUUAGAUAUGGUCAUUUUCAUUUUUUCAUAAAUUCAUAGAAUGUUUGGGAAUGACGAAUAGAAAGGCAUUUGUGAAAUGUAUAUAGCAAUAUAGAGUGGGAAAGCGGCCGUGCGUUUGGACAAUUAAUAGACACUGCAGUAAAUAAAACCUAAUAAAAACAUUUGUCUUGUCCAGGACCGGAGUCUACGCAGACCGGUGCGCCAUAGCCAAUCAGAGCUACAGUAGGUCUAUAUGCUAAUAAGCCAUUUGCCACAAUGGCAGUGUUGCCUACAAUAUUUAGCAAGUUUUCAGACCUCUCCAGCGACUUUUAUUGGUAAAAGAUUCUAACGACAAAUUCAGCUACUUACAUGGGCCUGCCAUCAUUCACUUUGAGCUGGACUGUGUGUUUACAGGCAGUAGCAACAGCACAACUUUAGAUAAUUAGAAAGCAUUUGCGAAAAGCCACAUAUUUCUGCAAAUAUGUAAAUACCACGGGAGUCGUCUUACAUUUGGGAACUUUGAUCAAACAACAGUCUUAUUGAUGAAACAACCGUGAAAAUGUAGUCUCUCUCCUUCAGUUGCCUAUGCACAUCAACAAUAACAAGAUCAAUAACUAAUGUUAGCCAGAGCGAGAUGAGCUAAAAUCUACAGAGGGAACAGAAGGUGAACCCUCUCAAUCUUUUUCAGCUUGUAGUUGGCCGUCAAAAUUGCACUGCUAAAAGAUGGGGAAUAGUAACCUGCUCGCCCUUCUGCAGCUUGCCUGCCAAAGUGCGGUGUAGUUAGCUGUAUGUUAAAGAUUCAGACUUUGCGCGUUAAUACCUCUUCAACGGAACGUACAAGAAUUAUAUAAAUUACAUAUUCUGAAUCAGCUGACAAUGGCGGACAAGUUGCGCCCCUUUAUAGGCUACAUGUGCACCACCAAGUCAUAACAGUAGGCUAAGUUCUGAGGGGGAAAGGGACCAAAUAAUUAGGGUGAGGCACAUGGGCUACUAACAGAUUACUACACAACAUACACCUAUUACUUUCUUAGUUACAGUAUACAUAUCUCCCUGGCAUAUUACAUCAUUUAUGCAGCAGCUUUUAAGAAAUUUUUGGACUCACCUUGUUGUGCUCACUUGAACAGUAAGGUGGCGCGGCGGGCCUUCUUGUGGGCAAAUUCUAUCAUCAAACUUUGUCAUCAAAGUCUGGCAUUCUCUGGAUUUAUCAUGCUUUCAAGACAACUGGGAACUCUGAAAAAAACAAGGUUGAAUCAUGACGUCAGUGAAUCAUGACGCUUUAGAAAGAGGCCUGAGUUCCCGACAUGGAUGACCGCUCAAAACGAAUUUUCCCAGUCGGAGCUCGUUUUUUUCCCAGAGUUCCGAGUUGUCUUGAACUCACUGAAGUCUGAGUUCCGAGUUUCCAGUUGUUUUGAACGCGGCAGAAGUCAUGCUGGAUUGACAGCAUGGCCAAUGUAUUCAACCUUUUCUGGCCCAUGGUGUUGCGUGUGAAUGUUUAUCCUUUUAAGCUUGGAAAAGAGACCCUUUCAGACAGAUGUUUUAAAUCCUUAAACCCAGACUUUGACCACACACCCUCUUCACCGAAUAGCAGGCAGGGGAAGCAAAAUAGUGGUUGCUUUGCAACGCUUGCAAUUAGCCACUGAUUCCUUCCAAACCACUCAUUGUUGAAUUUGCGAUUUCCGACUUGUUGUGUAAGGUUUAUGUCCAAUGGAAGAUGAGCACCGAUGCGUUUUAUCUAUAAUUUCUCUUCAUAUAAAAAUGAUUUGCCAGUAGAUUGUCGACGUGAUUCAUGAUGAUGACUGCUUGUCUAGCUUGCUAGAUAAGAUUUUGGAAGUAUGAUAUUGACAUGAUCAGUCCAAUCAAAGCUACGGUGUGUAUAUAACAUGAUAUUACGUCAUUUUAUCUGUGGCCAAUGACCUUGAGCCUUCUUGGAUGGGCACUUCUAAUGUAAAUCUAUGGCAUCACCCAGGGGGCUUGAACUGCCUAGCUCUCCCUGUAGAUUCUGUGGUGAAGUAGUGUCCCCAUGAGUGACAGAACACUGAGCCAAUCACGGCGCAACUAGAGAAGAUUACCAACGCCUACGCUCUGUAUUUUCCGAUGGCUACCCCUCCACCACAGAAAGCACUGAGCUAGGCUGAAACACCUGCAUUUUGGAGCUGCCUUACUCAAGAAAGCAAGAAAGAGACCAUGCUUGUAUGCGGCUUUAUUCACGCAAUAAAUGUGUUUUUACAUUGUUUGCAUACUGUUAUGUGACUCUGCCCCACCUGCCCUGAAUGACGGGUCGCCACUGCUUAAAGGGAUAGUUCACCUUAAAAUCCAACCAUUUUCAUACCUCAGAAUUGGUGUAAUGGAGUCAAUCAAAAAUUAAUGGGAAAUAUGGGCACCUGAUAACCUGUGACAACUUUGAAACUUAGAUUUUGGGGUGUGCUAUCCCUUUAAGGUUAUUUGGCACGUGUUUUAUGGUAUAUCCCAUACGUUUACCACAAACAAACAGGCUGCUGACACACACUAUUUUCUCUUAAUUAAGCCCAGAGUGCUUUAUUGACGUCCUUGAUUAGAUGGAUAGUUACGCGUCAUUAGCUACUCGCACAUAAUCUACCCAUAAAACCAAGGCCAUUUGAGUUCUAUAGAGGGGGGUGGCUAUAGUUUCCCUGUCCCUUUGUCCCCUAACACUCACUUGUACUGCAAUAGCUGAUGUGUGAUGAGCGACCUGGCACAAAAUGGAUGCCGUGAAUUACCCAGGUGGGUGCUUUAAAUCGCUGAUGGAUGGGUGAGUUGCAAUGUGAGGUGCUUUGAGAUAUGACAGGCACUUUAUACAGUAAAUAUAGCCUGAUGAUGAUAACGACUGUGUGUGUGUGUGUGUUCCAGCCGCAUCGAGCAUCUGAAGUCUCAGAAUGACCUGCUGACCAUCACGUUGGAGGAGUGUAAGGGCAACGCAGAGAGGAUGAGCAUGCUUGUGGGCAAAUACGAAUCUAAUGCCACCGCCCUGCGACUGGCACUGCAGUACAGGUAUACACACACACACACAGCAAUGCCUAACCUAAUGGAGCAUGCAACAUACAUAACACACAUUUGCGCACUCCUACUACGAUUCACGCGCCAGCCAGAAAGAAACACGCCAACCGGGUGAAAGCCUGAAUGCAAAUUCCCCCCUCCACUCUUAAUACCAAGCCUACUCUGAGCCUUGCAUAGCUAACAAACACCUUAUCAAGCUGUAAACGUCAGAGCCACGCUAAUGUUCCCUCGUUAGAAGCCUCCUCCGGUAAUUAUAAUUAAGCUGUUCUCUCCGAGGUCAGGGCCUUUUGUAGGUUCCAUACGGUAGCUGCCAUUUGCAUCUCAUUAGCAUUCGCAUCCCCUUGGCCAAUCAAGUGUGUUUGUGUGCGGGCCUUGGCCCCUCUCUGAUAAGGUGCCCUGAAGGUGCCCAUUCAGCAAAGCUAACGAGAUACGAAAGGAAAAACAGAUCCAAUCUAAGUGGUCUUUCUAAUUAUCAUCAUGCUAAUCAUCCAACCAUGAUAAUCCUGUGGGGAUGUUAUGAGUUGCAGAAAGGUUGUUAACCCUUUUCUUAUAUGGCAAAAUUUAAGCAAACUGAAAUGGAAAUAAGUUGUAUUUUCAGCUGUUGAAAUUGGCUGAAUGUAAUGUUGUGGGGGCAUGGUAUGGUAACGUUACGUGUGUUUCUCAUAGCAUUCUGCCAUAGCAUGUGUCAGGGAGACGGAUUGCCUCAACGAUAAGCUAUGAGCAGAUGAGUAAACAGAUACAAAGAUAGACGACAGAUACAUAAAUAAAAACGUUAUAGCCAUAAAAGAGAAUUAUUAGUCUUGCCCAUUACACCAGAGUACACAACACUUGAAUAGCCCUCAAAUGCUUAUUAAUAUAACACCAGUUCCAACACACAAACACACACUAAGAUUCAUACUGUGUGUUUUUCCCUGUAUGAUUUAUUCAUAAAGCCAUUGAUUUAAUGUGAUGUGGGGGACUGUAGUGUGUUUCUACCUGGGGAGAGAGAGGGUUUGGCCAUCUGUGUCUGGUUUGUUGUUCACUAGAAGCCCAGAUGUCAGUGAUUUGAUUGAAUUUCAGUCCCGCCAAGUGAGAUGUCAACGAGGCCACCCCAUUGGGCCAUUUGGGUAGAGAUAGACUUUCAUUGGAUUGGGGAGUGUGGUGUGUAGGGUUGCAAAGCUACCGGAAUCUUUUGUAACUUUGGUAAUUUAUACUUGAAUAACUUUUUAAAAUCCCAGAAAUGUUCCAUACGCACAAAAUGUUGUGCACAAAUUUGGUUACGUCCCUGUUGAGCAUUUCUCCUUUGCCAAGAUAAUCCAUCCACCUGACAGGUGUGGCAUAUCAAGAAGCUGAUUAAACAGUAUGAUCAUUACACAGGUGCACCUUGUGCUGGGGACAAUAAAAGGCCACUCUAAAAUGUGCAGUUUUGUCACACAACACAAUGCCACAUAAACUCAGCAAAAAAAGAAACGUCCUCUCACUGUCAACUGCGUUUAUUUGCAGAAAACUUAACAUGUGUAAAAAUGUGAAUGAACAUAACAAGAUUCAACAACUGAGACAUAAACUGAACAAGUUCCACAGACAUGUGACUAACAUAAAUUGAAUAAUGUGUCCCUGAACAAAGGGGGGGUCAAAAUCAAAAGUAACCGUCAGUAUCUGGUGUGGCAACCAGCUGCAUUAAGUACUGCAGUGCAUCUCCUCCUCAUGGACUGCACCAGAUUUGCCAGUUCUUGCUGUGAGAUGUUACCCCACUCUUCCACCAAGGCACCUGCAGGUUCCCGGACAUUUCUGGGGGGAAUGGCCCUAGCCCUCACCCUCCGAUCCAACAGGUCCCAGACGUGCUCAAUGGGAUUGAGAUCAGGGCUCUUCGCUGGCCAUGGCAGAACACUGACAUUCCGGUCUUGCAGGAAAUCACGCCCAGAACGAGCAGUAUGGCUGUAGGGAUUGUCAUGCUGGAGGCUCAUGUCAGGAUGAGCCUGCAGGAAGGGUACCACAUGUGGGAGGAGGAUGUCUUCCCUGUAAUGCACAGCAUUGAGAUUGCCUGCAAUAACAACAAACUCAGUCCAAUGAUGCUGUGACACACCGCCUCAGACCAUGACGGACCCUCCACCUCCAAAUCGAUCCCGCUCCAGAGUACAGGCCUCGGUGUAACGCUCAUUCCUUCGACGAUAAACACGAAUCUGACCACCACCCCUGGUGAGACAAAACCGCGACUCGUCAGUGAAGAGCACUUUUUGCCAGUCCUGUCUGGUCCAGCGACGGUGAGUUUGUGCCCAUAGGCGACGUUGUUGCCGGCGAUGUCUGCCUUACAACAGGCCUACAAGCCCUCAGUCCAGCCUCUCUCAGCCUAUUGCGGACAGUCUGAGCACUGAUGGAGGGAUUGUGCGUUCCUGGUGUAACUCGGACAGUUGUUGUUGCCAUCCUGUACCUGUCCCGCAGGUGUGAUGUUGGGAUGUACCGAUCCUGUGCAGGUGUUGUUACACGUGGUCUGCCACUGCGAGGACGAUCAGCUGUCCGUCCUGUCUCCCUGUAGCGCUGUCUUAGGCGUCUCACAGGACGGACAUUGCAAUUUAUUGCAAUGGCCACAUCUGCAGUCAUCAUGCCUCCUUGCAGCAUGCCUAAGGCAUGUUCACACAGAUGAGCAGGGACCCUGGGCAUCUUUCUUUUGGUGUUUUUCAGAGUCAGUAGAAAGGCCUCUUUAGUGUCCUAAGUAUUCAUAACUGUGACCUUAAUUGCCUACCGUCUGUAAGCUGUUAGUGUCUUAACGACCAUUCCACAGGUGCAUGUUCAUUAAUUGUUUAUGGUUUAUUGAACAAGCAUGGGAAACAGUGUUUAAACCCUUUACAAUGAAGAUCUGUGAAGUUAUUUGGAUUUUUACGUAUCUUUGAAAAAAAAAUUUUUGCUGAGUUUGUCUGAAGUUUUUAGGGAGCGUGCAAUUGGCAUGCUCACCGCAGGAAUGUCCACCAAAUGUCCAGUUCUUCCAUGGCCUGCAUACUCACCAGACAUGACACCCAUUGAACAUGUUUGGGAUGCUCUGGAUCGACGUGUACGACAGCGUGUACCAGUUCCCGCCAAUAUCCAGCAACUUCGCACAGCCAUUGAAAAGGAGUGGGACAACAUUCAACAGCCUGAUCAACUCUAUGCGAAGGAGAUCUGCAUGAGGCAAAUGGUGGUCACACCAGAUACUGACUGGUUUUCUGAUCCACACCCCUACCUUUUUUUUAAGGCAUCGGUGACCAACAGAUGCAUAUCUGUAUUCCCAGUCAUGUGAAAUCCAUAGAUUAGGGCUUAAUGAAUGUAUUUAAAUUGACUGAUUUCCUUAUAUGAGCAGUAACUCAGUAAAAUCUUUGAAAUUGUUGCAUGUGGCUUUUAUAUUUUUGUUCAGUAUAUUUUACAUGUGAUAAGGCCACACAGAGAGACAGAGAUUAUCACAGACACUUGUGAUCGCUCUGGAUAAGAGCGUCUGCUAAAUGACGUAAAUGUAAUGUAAAUGUGAUAAUCUGAAGUACCCAAAAGGGCCACUAGAUGUCUUGUGAUAGAUUACAUAAAAUCCUUGAAAGAUACCACAAUUCUGGUAGUUUACUGGUAAACUUUUCCCUAGCGGUGUGUGUGGGUGCAUCUUAUAUGUGGUGGAAGAAUCUCCAAGGAGCUUUCUCCUCUCUCUCUCUCUCUCUCUCUCUCUCUCUCUCUCUCCUCUCUCUCUCUCUCUCUCUCUCUCUCUCUCUCCUCUCUCUCUCUCUCUCUCUCUCUCUCUCUCUCUCUCUCUGUGUAUGUAUGUAUGUCUGUCUGUCUGUGAGUCUGUCUGUCUGUCUGUGAGUCUGUCUGUCUGUGUGAGUCUGUGAGAGUGUUGGACUCUGUAUGUAUUUAAAAAGCAGUGUGGCGCCAAGCUAGUACGCGGUGGUAUUAAUCAGCCGUCUGGAAAGCAGUGUAAUGUUAUAAAGAAUCAAGAGGGGGUUUGGAGCACGACGAGUGUGUGUUUUUCUGUGUGUGUGUGUGUGUGUGUGCGUGCAUGGCUUUCUUUUUUAUAUGAUCUAUGCCAGUGUGUGCGUGUGAUUAAAACUAUAAUCAUAAGUAUGAAACAUCAAAGAGAGGAACACUAUGGUGUAUUCUGAUGAUGCUGACUACCUUUAUGGUGUUUUUGCAGGCAGAAACUUGCUGUGUAUGUAUUUGCGUUCUUGAGAGAGUGACUAACUCAUAGUGUUGGCGUGAGCUAUUAAAGUGUGUAAAAGUAUCCACAGGAGUUGUUUUGGUACGGCUGAACUAGCAGGGGACUGGAGUCGAGGUUGUGUGUGUGGAUGUGUGUGUGUGUGUGUGUGUGUGUGUGUGUGUGUGUGUGUGUGUGUGUGUGUGUGUGUGUGUGUGUGUGUAAAUGAGAAACGUGUUUUUAAAUCAGAUCUGCCCCUCUAGCGUCAUCUAUCAAAACACACACAUACACACACACACACAACAAAUAAAGAGAGACUAGCUAUGUGGACAAAAUAACUUAGAGAUGUUAAAUGUGUAAAUUGAAUGUAGGCUUCAGACUUCCUCUAAUACUUAAUUAAUUACCCUAGCUCUCGCUGUAUUUGUUUGGAGCAAAGGUGGCUUUUUUCCCUGAUGUGUAAUCAUUGCCUGAUUAAACGAUAGUGCCUCGCUGUUUUUCUUCCAUCUCCGGGCCCCAGGCAAACACACAUGUGCACGCACGCGCUAUGAUGACUGUAGUUAAAUAGACAUCAGCACCUCUCGGCUGCGUUCCUUUUGAACACUUGAUGAAAGUGCAGCACAGAGGAAGGAUAAGUGGACGCGAGAGGCCUCUGCAUUCCUCCAGUGUGUGUUUGUGUGUGUGAGAAAGAGAAAGCGGGAGAGAGAGCUUAUGUGCGUUCUCAUUUAGUAUUGCAAAUAGGUUUAGCUGACGUGUUUAUUUGUGUCCUCUGUCAGUCAGUGUAUAGAGGCCUAUGAGCUACUUUAUAUGUGUGUGUUUGUUAACUGUUAUGUGUGUGUGUUCUUUUCUCAGUGAACAGUGUAUAGAGGCCUAUGAGCUGCUGUUAGCCCUGGCGGAGAGUGAACAGAGUCUAGUACUUGGCCAGUUCAGAGCUGCUGGAGUGGGGACUGUAGGUGAGUCACACACUCUUCGUGCCCACACAGGCUUGUUUGUUCUUUGAUCAGUGUUGGCUUGUUCCUCCCUGCAUUAAGAGAUCCACAGUUGAACUCCAACCAAUCAAAGCAAAGAGGCCACCUCCCAAAAACACACUUCUAAUCUAUUACUCUUUCACAAACUGCUCCACUCUCACCCAUUUCAUUCCUUCACAAACCUCUCCUCUAUCACUCCUUCUCUUCCCUGUUCACUUCACUCCCAUCACAAACGUUCAUAUCCCCCUCAUAUGUUUCCCUCCUCUCUCUCUCCUUCAGCUGUUGACAGGUGUCAUGUCUUCAGUGAGGCAUGUCAUGCAUCAUGACUCCCUUGUCUCACACACUUCCCCUACUCCCAACCUAACCAUUUCCCCUUCAACACAAAAACACUCUCUUAGAAGAACAUCCCCUUAGGGUAAACCCAUUUUAAUUGAAUCACUUUUUGACGGCACACCUUUUUAUUUGAACGAAGCCUUCCAUACAUAUUUGCCCAUUGUAGAAGUGCUCAGUAAGUUACUUUGUGGACCUGAAUGCCAAACUAUUCAAGAGAUAAAGGUGCUCAAAGUUGACCCAUUUUGCAUACCCCACAUACCAUGAGACAUUCAUGUCUUCAUCACUGGAAAAUAUAAACUGUUGAGAUUUGAUAUAAUUUAAAAGCUUACAAACAAAGUUGUCAAACAACUUUUUUUUUUUGGAGAAUAAAUAAAUAAAUCAAAUGUUUGAAAAUGUCAGAUUUUGUCAUUGAUGGGCGCCUAAAUUGGAACGCAGAGCUCAGGUUCUCUCCGCUUCACAGUGCUAUAUCGGUUUUGACUGACAGCCGUUAUAAACUUGAGCACCGUGCGCGACAAGAAGCCCCCAUCCCUCCUGCUAAUUAGGCUACUUUUGCACAAUUGUUGUUGUCUGAGUUAGGAAAAUACUGUAAAUUGAGAGGAGUUGAUGUGUUCUGAAAGAUGAGACGUUAAGGAUUAUAUUAAAUACCGCUUUGAUGUCAUACAAGCAAACCACACACCCAUGAGUCCAAAUGUGCACUUCACAUUUCCAUAUUUGAAAACUCAUAUGCCCGAGUGGCGCAGUGGUCUAAGGCACUGCAUCGCAGUGCUAGCUGUGCCACUAGAGAUCCUGGUUCGAAUCCAGGCUCUGUCGUAGCCGGCCACGACCGGGAGACCCAUGGGGCGGCGCACAAUUGGCCCAGCGUCGUCCAGGGUAGGGGAGGGAAUGGCCAGCAGGGAUGUAGCUCAGUUGGUAGAGCAUGGUGUUUGCAACGCCAGGGUUGUGGGUUCGAUUCCCAUGGGGGGCCAGUAUGAAAAAAUUAAAUUAAAAUAAUAAUAAUGUAAGUCGCUCUGGAUAAGAGCGUCUGCUAAAUGACUAAAAUGUAAAAUAGUUCUUCUGUUGGAAACAUUUCAAUUUGGCCCUAUCCAUAUGCUAAUUAUCUAAAAGCGCAUAAACUCUUGAUUUUCAUAUUUACAUAUGUUGUAGCUUAGAUCCUAUUUUACAUCAUCUAAGGUUUUUGUGAUGUGCCCGCCAUCAGUUGAAACACAACAUGCUCUUGAAUACAGAGUGGGGUGUCAUAUUUUGGCUGAUAAAUGUACUAAAAUGGGAAUACAUUUGAAAUGUCAGCUUUCAAAUGGUACCACAAAGAUGGUUGCAGGUCCACACAUCAGAGAAUGCUGACUUGAAUGGGAAAAUCUGUCGUUUUAAAUUAUACUUUCAAUCCUCCAUAGGAAAGAAAUAUAGAUAAUAAAAUAGACAACCAUUUGAUGGUGGGUGAACCGGCAGUCAUCUUUGUGGUAGUAAUUAGAAGUUACAAUUUCCAUUCAAUUAAAAUGUCAAUGGUGUACCAGCUAAAUUGCAGUGGUCUGAUGGGAUAGGCCCAUUCUAUCAUUUCUAUUUCUACGAUUGAAAUGACACCCACCCUGCAUUCAAGAGUAUGAAAAAUGUAUGCACUCACUAACUGUAAGUCGCUCUGGAUAAGAGCGUCUGCUAAAUGACUAAAAUGUCAAUGUAAGAGCGUGUUUUGUUUCAACCGAUGGCGGGCACAGCACAAAAACCUCAGAUGGUGUGAAAUAGGGUCUAAGUUACAACAUAUGCAAAUAUGGGGAAAAAACAGAGUUUAUGCGUUUUUGGCAGCAGGCAUCCUAGCGGUUAGAGCAUUGGGCCAAUUGGGCCAUUAACCGAAAGGUUGUUGGUUCGAAUACCCGAGCCGACUGAAAAUCUGUCUGUGCCCUUGAGCAAGUCACUUAACCCUAAUUUGCUCCAGGGGCGCCGUACUACUAUAGCUGACCCUGUAAAACAAGACAUUUCACUACACCUAUCCGGUGUUUGUGACAAUACAAUUAUUUGUUUAUAUAUCUUUUUGGGAUAAUUGACAUUAAAUGCUAAAAAAUGACAAUUUUUUGUUAACUUUUUUUCAUGAAAUAAUAAAGUACUGUAGUUUGACAACACUGUUUGUAAGCUUUUAAAUGAUAUAAAACUAAACUGUUUAUCUUUUGCAAUGAUGAAGGCAUGGAUGUCUCAUGGUAUGGUGGAGUAUGCAAAAUGGGUCAACUUUGAGCACCUUUAUCUCCUGAAUUAUUUGGGAUUCAGGUCCAAAACAUCACUUUCUGACCAUUUCUUCCAUGGACAAAAGUGUAUGGAAAGUGUUUAAAUCAAAAGGGAUGCUGUAUAAAAGUGAUUUAAUUUAAAUGGAUGUACCCCUUAUUCAUCUAAUGCUGACCAACUUUACAUACAGUAUUUAUAGCCUUUUGUAGCCAUAUGUACAUUGUCAGUUUGAAUACAUUUACAUUUACAUUUUAGUCAUUUAGCAGACGCUCUUAUCCAGAGCGACUUACAGGAGCAAUUAGGGUUAAGUGCCUUGCUCAGGGGCACAUCGACAGAUUUUUCACCUAGUCGGCUCGGGGAUUAGAACCAGCGACCUUUCGGUUACUGGCACAACGCUCUUACCCACUAAGCUACCUGCCGCCAUACUCCAUUCAAUCAUUCUGUUCAUAUCCCUGGCAAUUAAAAUGACUCCAGCAAAUACAAGUUAUUUGACGGUUCUCUCCGUACUGUGUGUGUGUGUGUAGGUGAGCAGUCGGGAGAGGAGAGCAUCACUCAGAUCUUGAAGAGGGCCCACGACUGCAGGAAAACAGCAGAGAACGCAGCCAGGGAUCUGCUGGGCAGGCUAGACGGUAGCUGUGGAGCGGAAUUCGCUGUGACAGGCUGCAGCGUUCAACCAUGGGAGAGCCUGUCCUCCAAUAGUCACACCAGGUGAGUGUGUGUUUGUACUUGUUUGAGAAUGUCUGCACAUUGGUAAAUAUCCCAUGUGCAAUACGUGUUUAAUUCACCAAUACAUUCCUGUUUAUUUUCUAUGAGAAUCUUUCUAGUUCAUUACUUAUAUGGCAAUCCAUCCCCUAAAUAUUCUGUAUUGAAACAUAAUUGAGGCCAACCCUCUGCUCACGUUCCCAUGACAGUUCAUGCCAGGAAGCUGCUCCCUAAACAAAGCAUUAAUCUACAGCCACUGCUCCGGGAAAGAGAAUACUUGACAUUCAUAUGUGGCUCACAUGUUAGUCAGGAGCACAGCAGACAAUUGACAAUUAAAGUAGGAGAUGAGAGUCCACAGUGCUGUGCUGUGGCACCAGUACACUCUAAGGGACCGUCCCUAUGCUGGAUCCACAUCAUUGAUCACACGAACGCGCACAGCAGGGAAUCACACACUGGCUUUUUAAUCAUAGACACAAAUUCAUAAUGAAAUCUUUCUCUCUCUCUUUCUCUCCCUCCAUCCCUCCCUCACACAUGUACGCACACACAGACAUAGAGUGCAUUCGGAAAGUAUUCAGACCCUGCAACCUUAUUCUAAAAUGGAUGAAAUAAAAACAUUUCCUCGUCAAUCUACACACAAUACCCCAUAAUGACAAAGCAAAAACAGGUUUUUAUAAUUUUUUGCAAAUGUAUUACAAAUAAAAAACAGAUACCUUAUUUACAUAAGUAUUCAGACCCUUUGCUAUGAGACUCGAAAUUGAGCUCAGGUGCAUCCUGUUUCUACAACUUGAUUGUAGUCCACCUGUGGUAAAUUCAAUUUGGAAAGGCACACACCUGUCUAUAUAAGGUCCCACAGUUGUCAGAGCAAAAACCAAGCCAUGAGGUCGAAGGAAUUGUCCGUAGAGCUCCGAGACAGGAUUGUGUCGAGGCACAGAUCUGGGGAAGGGUACCGAAAACUUUCUGCAGCAUUGAAGGUCCCUAACAACAUAGUGGCCUCCAUCAUUCUUAAAUGGAAGACGUUUGGAACCACCAAGACUCUUCCUAGACUGAGCAAUCGGGGGAGAAGGGCCUUGGUCAGGGAGGUGACCAAGAACCCGAUGGUCACUCUGACAGAGCUCCAGAGUUCCUCUGUGGAGAUAGCGUCAUACCCAAGAAGACUCUAGGCUGUAAUCCCUGCCAAAGGUGCUUCAACAAAGUACUGCAUAAAGGAUAUGAAUACUUAUGUAAAUGUGAUAUAAAAUAAAAAUACAUUUUCAAAAAUGUCUAAAAACCGGUUUUUGCUCUGUCAUUAUGGGGUAUUGAUGUGGAAAAAAACAAUUUAAUCAAUUUUAGAAUAAUGUUGGAAUGUAAAAAAAAUUGGAAAAAGUCAAGGUGUCUGAAUACUUUCCGCAUGCACUGUAUCUGCAUAGACACAUCUUUCUUAGUUAACAGAUUUGAGGCUGAUUGACAUUAAUAAAGAGUUGUUAUACAAUCAUGUGUCCAACCAGGUUACUAUAGUUUGGUAUCAAAGUCUUUGGCUGGAUUUCUACACAGUGUUUGGUGACUUAAUUUCUCCCUGUGUCAGACUUGCUUUGGCUAGAAUCUGCCCACAAGGCACAGAUCUAGGAACAGUUUAGCCUCUCUAAUCCUGAUCUUAACUGUUCAGGGGGAAAUAAAGGCUAGUUUCUAGAUGCUACAGCUAUCAUCCAACGAUACUAUCUCUCAUCUCUACCGGUAUGUGUUUGUUCGUAGCACCACCAGUUCAACGGCCAGCUCGUGCGACACAGACUUCUCCAGGGAGGAUGAGCAGCGGCUGAAGGACUACGUGCAGCAGCUGAAGAAUGACCGUGCGGCGGUCAAGCUGACCAUGCUGGAGCUGGAGAGCGUUCACGUCGACCCUCUAAGCCUGGAGGUCAAGCCCCGGGGAGACACACACAGGUUGGACCUGGAGAACGCUGUGCUGAUGCAGGAGCUCAUGGCCAUGAAGGUGAGAGAGAGAGAGAGAGAGAGAGAGAGGAGAGAGAGAGGAGAGAAGAGAGAGAUAGAGAGAGAGAAGAGAGAGAGAUAUAGAGAGAGAGAGAGAAGGGGGGAAAAAAAAAUUUUUUUAAACCAAGGGGGUUUUUUCUUUGGGGGGGGGAAAAAAAAAAAAAAAUUAGAAAAUUUUAAAAUUAAAGUCGGGUGUUUAAAUAUUUGCUCAGUAUCUCAAACCCUUUUUUCUUUUUUUUGGGUGUUGACAAUAAGGGGUUUUUUCCCCACAGUUUUUUUUUUGGGGGGGGGGAAGUGGAAAAAAAUUUUCCCUUUUUAAAGUUUUUUUUUGGGGGAAUUUUUGGAGAUCGCCCCGGGCACCACAUUUUUCCCCCUUUUAAACCUGUCUUAACUUUCGGGGGAAAAAGGGGGGGAGAGAAAAAAGGGGGAAACAAAAACCCUCCCAGGAUGUUUUGCUAGCCCCCCCAUUUAAACCCCCCCGUGGACACGAUUUCCCCGGGGAAGAGCACGGUGGAAGGGGGAAAAAGGGUCCGGGGGGCAACGACCUCGGAGGGGAGGCUUCCCCCCCCUUCCCCCCGGGGCCCCAGCCCCAACAGGGAUGGGACCUUUGAUGAAAAGGGCUCAUGGCCAAAGGGAUAGGGGGAAGGGGGGGGAAAACGGGGAAAAAGAAAAGGAAAAGAAAAAGGUAGAAGAGAAAGGGGGAAAAGGGAAGGGGGAAGGGAAAAAAAAAACCCCCCCCCCCCCGAAAUUAAAAAAAAAAAAGGGGAGGGGUUUCCCUCUUCUUCGCCCCUCUUCCCCUUUUCCGCCCCUUUUUUUAAAAACCCCCCCCCCCCCCCCCCUUUUUUUUUUUUUUUUUUAAAAAUUUUUGAAAAAAAAAAAAAAAAAAAAAAGGCCAUUUUUUUUUAAAAACACACCCCCAAUUUUUUAAAAAAAAAAUUCCUUUUCCUCCCUCCUUGGGGCCCGUCCUUGAAAUUUUGGUUUCCCCCCCCAAAGGCCCUGGAUUUUCCCCAAAAAAAAAUUAAAACCCCCAAAAAUUUUAAAAAAAAGGAAAAAACUUCCCCCAAAAACAAUAACUUGCGUCAGAACUGUCCCUGUUUGUCAUUAAGACUUGCACACUAUUUAGUGUUGUGGUGACAUUGAUAAUUCCAUGUUAUGCUUUUAGUUGGGAUGGCCUUUAUUCCGUUAUAGGCUGCACAUUAACUUGUUUAACCCUUUCUUUCCUUGUGUGUGUUAACCUUUCUAUCUCUCCCUCCUCCCCCUCAGGAGGAGAUGGCGGAGCUGAAGGCCCAGCUCUACCUGCUGGAGAAGGAGAAGAAGGCGGUGGAGCUGCAGCUGAGCACGCGGGAGGCCCAGGAGCAGGCCUACCUGGUGCACAUCGAGCACCUCAAGGCCGAGGUGGAGGAGCAGCAGGAGCAGCGCAGGAGAUCCCUCGGCUCCACUGGGAGUGGUAGUAAAGACAAGAGCCAAGCCGCCAAGGUGAGGGGACUACACACACACACACAUACAGACACACACACACACAUACAGACACACACACAUACAGACACACACACACACACAUACAGACACACACACAUACAGACACACACACAAGCAUUCACCUCAACCCCCUAGUGCUAGCAGGGACUAGCUAGUGCCAGGGUGAGGGCGCACCCACAUUUACGCCCUCAAUUCUCGACCUUGAAGUAGACCUCGUCCACCUCAUAGAAAACACCAGCCCUAGCUCCAAACAGGUCUACCACAGAGCCACAGAGCAGGGUUCAGGCUUGUAUUGAGAUUGAGACUUGUAGACAGACCUUUAUAGCCGUGUCUCUCCUGUACACAGCAGCACUCACUCUGACCCAGUCAGUCACAUUAAAUAUUGAAGAGGCUAACUGCUCUCUCUGCUCUCUUUGCAGUCUGUCUCUGUCUGUCUGUCUGUCUCUCGCUCGCUCGUUCUCUUUUGACUAUAUAUAUGUCUCUUUCCCCUCUCUGUCUUGUUUCUCGCUUCUACCCCAUUCUUCCUCCUCUCCCUCUUCCUCACACCUUGUCAGUCUGUAUGUAUUUGGCUCCAGGGAUGACAGGUGCUUGUUUGAGCCCCCAUAGACAACAGUCCUAAAGCUGUGAGGGGCUGUCACUCAGAAAGGUUGGCACACUAGUACCCCCGUUAGUGAGAGUCUCCUCUGUGAGAAAGCAGUCUCUACUCCUAAAAUAAUUGGUCUUUCUCAUUCUGUUGGGGAGCUGUCUGUCUUCACUCUGAGCUGGGGCCCUAGAGACGGGGACACUGUGUGUCUGUGAGAGUCCUACUGUCUACACAGAGUGACAGAAAUAAAAAGAGAAGACCUGGAGAGGGAGAGAGGAGAAAGAAAUGACUAUUGAGAGGGAGGAUAAGUAGAAGAAUGGGGAGAGGAGAGAGAAGCAGAGGAAGGAAGGCUAACUAAGGUAAAGACAGAGUCCAACUGUACUGUAUAAGAGGAGAAGAAAAUGGGAGGAGUGGGUGAGAAAGUAGACAAAGGAGUACUUAGAGUCUCACGUGCAAUUCUAUAUCAGAGCGCUAAGCCCCUCACACCAUCCCUGCCCUGGUUUCUCUACCCAUUUCUUUAAUCCAGAUAGAUAGAGAUCAGCUGUCUGUGUGUUGCCAGGAUUAAGAAAGGGAGAAUACAGGUGUGCUUUUCUCUGAUCACAGCCUUGAGCUUCCAAUUCUGGUGGCACUACAUUAACCUUAUAAUCCACUGGAUACGAUAACAGUGCCCUUCCAUGUCCCCUGACUGGGACAGGGAAUACGUGAACACACACACAUGCACUUCACAACUCUAGGCAUGUAUAUACACACAAACCUCUAUGUAUGCACACACCUCUCCAUCUGCAUGCACACACACACACACGCACAUAACCCUUACAGCUUUACAUGCAGACACACAUACAUACCCUGCCUUAAAGCUUGAGACUCCCCCCCCCCACUCCACCCAGUCCCUGCUAUCACCGUAGCUCGUUUGAUUCAAUAAAGCUUAAUCCUCGGUUGCUAGGAGCAACCGGCAUUGAAGAUGCCAAUCACAGGGCCAUCUGUAAAUGAAAGUGCUUUUCAGAUUGAAAGCCAGAGCAGCGGCUAUUAUUGCCUUUCACCCUCCUCUGUCCUAUUCAAACCAGCCACCUUUUAUAUCUACAGACCACUUCUCAUUGUUAGGGUCUAGAAAUGGCCUGCUUGAUUGGAUCUCACACACUGGGAAGACUAAUAGGCACAUACACCUCCUGCUGUGGGGGAGUGUACAUGCACACACUCACUCACACACCCACACCAUGUUAGAUCAUUCCACUCUGUCAGAGCCAUUCAACACGCACACAAACACUACAAGCCCAAUCAAGCAAAGUUCACACAGCACAAAGGCUAUUACCCAGCACACAUACACCAACACAACACUAACCAGCAUCUCCCAGUAUCUUCCCCUCCUCCCUGGUCACUUCCCAUAUCCAUUUCUCCACUACCUUAAUGAAAGCCAUGUUCCAAUAUCUAUCAACAGCCCUGUAAUCAAAUCAGGCUAGCAGCAUAGCAGGCCGUGAACGUAUGACAGCAUACCUGUAACUCGAUAAGUCAUGUAGCAUGCUAAAUGAAUGCUCUGACAUGCUUGUCCGUUGUGAAUCAGGCUGUAUUGUUCUGUAGUCCAGGUGUAGAGCAAAUACACUGGGAUAAUAGGUUGAAGUGGUAGUGCUGCCACCUAAUGAACUGGGUGUGCAUGUGACAGCUUGAGGUAAAUGUUGCGCCUAACCACAGAUGUAGGAUCAGAUUACCCUCUCCAAAUCAUAACCUCAACCAUUAUGUUGAGACCUGCAGAGCUGACCUUCGAUCACUGUCUUUAGAGGCAACUUCAUCCUUCUCUGGCAGGUCUGAGAGGGAAUGUCCUGUGGAGUAAUCAAUGUUUUGGGAUUGGUUACAUGGGGUUGGUUUAUUAAUGUGAUUAGUUAUAUAACUGAUUAUGUAAGGGAGUCUUGAGCUAUUUUACUUGUUCUGUUGUGUGUUAUGGUAUUGAAUUAGAGUGAUUGAGGCCAAUGUUAACUUGAUCACUGUAAGUCUUUGAUCUGUAGGCAGCCUAAUCACCUCAGCCCAUCACUUCACCAGGCCUUGUAUGAGAAUGGUCUAUAGUUGCACUGUGUGGUUGUAGACCAGCUCCUCCUCAUGGCAUUGUUAUGUUCCAGGAUUGUGGAGACUCUCCGGCCAUCAGCUUGUCAGAUCUGAGGACACUUAAUGACAGCGACCUGUCAGCAGAGCUCACCAACGCACUGAGACGGUAAGAAACCCAACGCACUGUGUGUGUGUGUGUGUGUGUGUGUGUUUUUGGUUUUACUAUUCUUGUGGGGACCAGAAGUCCUCACAAGAAUAGUAAAACAAGGAAAAUUCCAACAAGUGGGGAGAUUUCGCCGGUCCCCACAAGGAAAAAAGCUAUUUUAGGGGUUAGGGUUAGAAUUAUGGUUAGGGAUUAAGGUUACGGUUAGGUUAUUUCCUGUUUGCUAAAAUUCUAAUAGAUCGCCUAAUUUCAGUUUAUGUGACAAAAAGAAGCAAGUAUAGUGUAGAGAAUCGUUGUACCAUCUAAACCGCUGAAAUAUAUUUUUAAGCUGGUGUACAAAACCGAAAGUAAAAGAUGCAAAAAUUAAACUUAAGAACAGGAAGCAUAGAAAUAGCGAAUAUAGAACAGAUCUACCACUUCUUAGACCUGCUUUCAAUGAGUGACAGAUCUAUAACACACAUUUCUAUGUGCAUUUGGUCGGGUUGCCCAAAAAGUUACAUAUUGCAGCUUUAAUGGAAGUGACGACUUUUCUGAAACUAUUGGAUUGGCUGCCUUCAACUAAUGGCAGGGCUGUGUCUGGAACUGCAUGUUGAAGAUAGAACUAUAAUGAAUAGAGCACACACAAUCUCCUAUACUAUUCCAAUAUAUCUGACGGUCAUAUUUGAUCUACACAAUACAUUUCUAUCUGAACAUUUUGUAAAUGUCCAUUGUCCCAGGUGUACAUAAUCAAGUCAAACCAAUUAUAUUUUGUACAGAUAAUGUAGGUAUAGAUAAGUUGUAAUGCUCAACUACUGUAUGACUCUUUCUACAUGCCGCUGAAAAGGUUGAAUGCUGUAAUUAAUUUUAUGAUACCUGAAAAUACUGCAGAGUAAUUCAAAUACAUUUGCAAACAGCAAGUUGAAGGCUUAGCAAAAAACAAAUUUGAACCUCUUUGUCCAUCUGAGGGUAAGUGUUCUUGUUUCAAACACACACGAUACCAUAUUUAUAGGGAUAGCUUACUCAGAAUACAAACUAACAUGAUUUUCCACCUACCUUGGCUAUAGUUAAUUCAAAAAGGCAGUUUGGGAAUAUUUAGUUUCCUUUCGACACUUAAUAGCCAUAUUUUGUUACUGUCAGCAUUCUCAGUAACACUUAACAUUACUGUUCUUGUGCCUGUGUAAUAAAACGGUAAUUACUUUUGGAGCAACAUUUUAUUAGCAUGUAGUUACAUAAUACUUUGGUAAUUGCAUUUUAAUUGCAUAGCAAUAAACUGAGAGUUUUUGUAACUACUGUACACAAAAGGAAUAGUUACUUCCUUAUUCCACCUGUGUAAUAACUCCAUUAUUAUGCAAUUGUAAAGCAAUUUACAAAGUCCUAUGCAACAACAAUGUUGCUAUUGUAAUAAUCACAAUGUUACUACACAUGUAUAAGAACUGUGUUACUGUAUUAAUGUCUCACUCAUUAUGAAAAUAUAUUUGUUAGUCAUUUUGAAGCUUCAAAGUGGUCUACUCUAUUGUUGAUGUGAUUCCAUGUCCCUCAUGUAUUUAAUUCUAGGCUAUAGGCUAUAUUAAGAUGAAUAUCUGAGAGUUGUCCAAACCAUGUGCUUUUUAUACUAGAUUUAGACUAAUUAAACUAACUGUUGAAGUUUUUGGUUCAGCCAUCAAAUAAAUAUGUUUUUGUUUUCAAAUAACUUGCAUAUAUUCAAAUACCUUCAAAUAUUAUUUGAUUUUCUGAGAGGUAUUAAAAAUACUUUCAAAUAUUAUUUGUUUUUCUGAGACCUGUAUUUGAACAUAAAAUAAAAUAGUUGCCUUUUAGUUGAAACCCUACAUAAACUAUUGUAUAUUCGACUACCUUGAGUAUUUGAAAAGUUGGUAUUUUCAAAUAAAUUACAAAAAUACAACUAUUUUCUGCCCAGGUCUGGUGUGUGUGUCUUCCUGACUCAUCCCAUUUGUGUGUGUGUGUCUCAGGGAGAAGAAGCUGAAGGGCCGUGUCCAGGAGUUGGUGGCAGCGCUGGAGAGACUAACCAAGAGCAGCGAGGUCCGCCACCAGCAGAGUGCCGAGUUCGUCAACGACCUUAAACGGGCCAACAGGUAACCAUGACAACACUCACAGGAGGGGAGGAAAUAUGUUUAAUGAUUCAAAGUGGGAAUGUUUAUUGUUAUUAAGACUUAAUUGUGUGUGUGGGAGGGGGGGCUUGUCUAUGACUACCCAUAGAUAAAUAAUGAAAAGGCCAUGGAAAAAUCAAUACAGUUCAGCUAUUUGGAUUCAGACCCUUUUUUUUUUUACGGUAGUUGUUUUGCAUCGUAAUACAGUGUUGCCAUUUAGUGGGAAAAGGGGUGAAUUGAUAUAGAACAGCACUAUUCUUUAUGGAUAGCACAAACACAACCCCUCAGCACCUCUGUCUCUGUGACUUAACUCACCAAAUCAGAACCAACUGAAGCCAAUCCAUCUGUCUGUCUGCAUUGUCCUGUCUAGCCAACUAAGAUAGAAGCUAUAUAUAUCCUCUCUAGAGAUAUAGGGAGAGAUAUGAGCACUCUAUCUAGCUCUCUCGGGUGCUCGAAGACUUCUCUCGCUCUCUCUCUCUCUUCUCUCUCUCUCUCUAUCUCUCUCUCUCUUCUCUCUCUCUCUCUCUCUCUCUCUCUCCUCUCUUCUCUUAGUAACCUGGUGGCGGCAUAUGAGAAGGCCAAGAAGAAGCACCAGGGCAAGCUGAAAAAGCUGGAGGCUCAGAUGAUGGCCAUGGUGGAGCGUCCACGAGACCCAGGUCGCAUGUCAAACAACGCAUCGCACUGCUGGAGGAGGAGAACUCACGGCCUCACACCAAUGAGACCUCCCUAUGA